AUGGGCCGUGCUAUCCAACCCCAGCACGAGAGGCGACGACUUCGACGUGGCUUGAGGGAGUCAGUGGCCAGCGAGGAAUCCUGUGGGGGUUUCUCUGUUGAAAACUUCGUUCGCUCACAUCUGCGUCGUCAAUCGGGCCGUGCUUCAGCCCUCCGACUCAGUCAAAGCUCACGACCAAUUGUUCUUGAUGCUACUCAGCCAGAGACGUUGGAGCGAG